GGGUACUGGAAGAAGCCGAGUUUUACAAUAUUGCAUCUCUUGUGCGGCUGGUGAAGGAGCGGAUACGGGAUAACGAGAACAGAACCUCUCAAGGACCGGUGAAGCAUGUGUACAGAGUCCUGCAGUGCCAAGAGGAAGAGCUCACACAGAUGGUGUCCACUAUGUCCGACGGGUGGAAAUUUGAACAGCUGAUCAGCAUUGGAUCUUCCUAUAACUAUGGAAACGAAGACCAGGCAGAAUUCCUCUGCGUUGUGUCCAGGGAGCUCAACAACUCCACCAAUGGCAUUGUCAAGGAGCCGAGCGAGAAGGCAAAGAUUCUUCAAGAGCGAGGAUCCCGGAUGUAA